UUCUUCAGUCUUCCUGGGUAAAUCACAGAGGCAGGGUGCACCAGUGGAACUGUAGCUUGGGUUAAGUUUGUCAGUUGAGUUAGUGAGAGAGAAAGAGGAGAACAUGGAUGCAGGGUUGAAGACUAACAGCAAGGAGGUGGAAACUCUUGACCCACAUAAUGUGAUAGAAGCUACUGAAGUGGUCCAGGCACUGCUACAACAGAUGCAGGACAAGUUCCAGGCCAUGUCGGACCAGAUCAUCUCGAGGAUCGAUGACAUGGGAGGUCGGAUAGAUGAGCUGGAGAAGAACAUCGCAGACCUCAUGACACAAGCCGGGGUCGAGGAGGUGGACAAGUAGUCAUCUGUCGUCAUGCACUCCACCAUCUUGGCAGGAACAGCCUCACAGUCACCUGUGCACAUGUAGUGGUGUUACAUCGACUCUGCACCUUUUUUGUAGUAUACCGGUAGUUGAUAAGAAUUGUUUUUGUUUGACAACAUGUACUACCAAUCUACCAGUAUCUCCAUUCUGUGUGGUUACUUGUUAGCUGUUUUUUGUGUAUGCAGCAAAGUAUAC